ACAAGCAAUAAAUUCUCUCUCUCUCUCUCUCUCUCUCUCUCUCGCUCUGCUACACCAUCCAACUCUUCCAACUUCUUCUUCUUCUUGAAGAUCUCUCUCUCUGUUUUGUUUGGCCCUUCACUUUCUCUCUCUCUAGGUCUGUAUACUUACAUACAAAGCGUAAGUCUAGGUGGGGUUGUGUUUGUACAUGGCUCUAUGCUAGAUCUUCAACCGCAUUUGGUGGAUCUACAUCCACUACAACCCCUCCCACCCACAUUGUCUUCUUCUCUCUCCUAGGGUUUUUUCUUCUUUCUCUUCAUUCUUCUCUGUUAAAAAAAAAAAAAAAGCUUUAGCUUUUAGAGCAAAAAAGCGAUGCACUCUUUCAUGGCCGCACAGCUUCGCCGCCGGCGAGUUCUUCACCGGAAACCUUGCAACUCUUCGAGACUCUCCGGCGAGGCUACUGGGCUUGGUUACUGACCAUGGUUUUUGUGGAGUUUUGGUUCCGCCAGAGAAAAUGCCAGCUCUGAUUCUGAUUCUGCUUCCUCUACUCCACUUCGUUUUCUCUUGCUCAGGCCAUCCUUUGUUGCACAUAUUUUUGUCUCCUUCUCUUCUACCAACCCGGCCGUUCUCUAUGAAAGAAAUCUUAGUGGAACAUGAAAGGUCAAUUUCGAUGGGUGUGUCAUUUGCCGCAUCAAAACCACCCAAAACAUGGGUGGUUAAGCCUUCUUUGGGACCGUCCACUGCCCCUGCACCUUCUCCACAUUACCAAGGUUCUAGCAGUAAUCCCUCACCAAUACGCAGUCAUCAUCGUCAUCAUCAGCAUGUUAAACCUGAUGCAAUUGCUCCAUCUCCUUCAAAAAACCAUGCUUGUGAUCAAAUUUGUAUAGAGCCACUCACUGCAACUCCCAUUGGUUCACCUUGUGGUUGUGUGUUUCCCAUGAAAGUCAGACUUCUUCUGGAUGUAGCCACUUUAUCUGUUUUUCCAGUAAUGAGGGAGCUAGAGAUUGAGAUCGCGGAAGGCACCUAUUUAGAGCAAAGCCAAGUUAAAAUUAUGGGUGUUAUUGCUGAUAGUCAAAAUCGGGAAAGCACAGUUGUGGAUAUUAACUUGGUUCCACUGGGAGAGAAGUUUGAUAAUACUACUGCAGUACUGACAUCUGACAGAUUUUGGCAUAAGAAAGUGCCUCUAAAUACAACUCUUUUCGGUAACUAUGAAGUGGUAUACAUUAGUUAUCCAGGGAUUCCUUCUUCACCACCUUAUGGGAGUUACAUUGGCAAUGGACCAACAGGAAGUGUUGGAGACCUCCCAAUCACAGCAAAUUUUAUCAACAAGAACCAGCGGAUGAACCUCAAAACUAUUGCCAUAAUAUCUUUGUCUGCAUUUGUGCUCCUAUUAGUUUUCAUUGGAGCAGUCUCUAUCUUUUUGAAGUGGAGGAAGGUUAGAAGACCAUCAAAUGCUGUUGGUCCAGCAUUUACACCCUCUGCAAACAAAAGAUCUGGCAUAGGGUCUGUAUUAUCAAGUAGUAUUGCAAGCUCAACAUCAGUAUCCCUCAUGUCCACCAUGGCUACCUGUGUUCUCUCUGCUAAAACAUUUACACUUGCUGAGCUUGAGAAGGCAACAGAUAGGUUCAGUUCAAAGAGGAUUUUGGGUGAAGGAGGAUUUGGACGUGUUUACUGUGGGAUUAUGGAAGAUGAAACUGAAGUUGCAGUUAAAUUGCUUACAAGGGAUAAUCAAAAUGGGGACCGUGAAUUUAUUGCAGAAGUUGAGAUGCUAAGUCGAUUGCAUCACCGUAAUCUUGUGAAACUGAUUGGUAUAUGCAUUGAAGGGCGGACACGGUGCUUGGUGUAUGAGCUUGUUCGCAAUGGCAGUGUUGAGUCCCAUUUACAUGGUGUUGACAAGAACAAGGGCCCUCUAGACUGGGAUGCACGGAUGAAGAUUGCCCUUGGAGCAGCAAGAGGAUUGGCCUAUCUUCAUGAAGAUUCUAAUCCUCGUGUAAUACACCGUGAUUUCAAGGCUAGUAAUAUUUUACUAGAAGAGGACUUCACCCCCAAGGUUUCAGAUUUUGGGUUGGCCAGGGAAGCAACCGAAGGAAGUCAUCAUAUUUCUACUCGGGUCAUGGGAACUUUUGGUUAUGUUGCCCCAGAAUAUGCAAUGACAGGGCAUCUACUUGUCAAGAGUGAUGUCUACAGUUAUGGGGUUGUGCUCCUUGAGCUUCUCACUGGAAGAAAACCUGUGGACAUGUGCCAAUCUCCAGGACAGGAGAAUCUGGUAACUUGGGCACGGCCACUACUGACCAGUAGAGAAGGUUUGGAGCAGUUGGUUGAUCCUUCUUUGGCUGGAAGUUAUGACUUCGAUGACAUGGCUAAGGUAGCAGCCAUUGCUUCCAUGUGUGUUCACCCGGAGGUGACUCACAGACCUUUUAUGGGUGAAGUUGUGCAAGCUCUGAAACUAAUAUACAAUGACACAGAUGAGACUUGUGGAGAUUGCUGUAGUCGAAAGGAGUCUUCUGCUCAAGAAUCUGACUUUAAAGGAGACUUUGCCCCUUCUGAUAGCAGUUGGUGGAAUGCAGGUGGGAUCACCCCUCGGUUAACUUAUGGGCAUGCCUCUUCCUUCAUCACAAUGGAGAACAGUUCUGGUCCACUUGAAGAGAUGGAAAACAGACCGUUUUCAGCUUCAAGUUUGUUUGGGGAUGAGAUGUCUUUACCGAUUAGGCAUGGGAACAGAUCAGGUCCCUUGAGAACAGUCCGAAGCAAGGCGGCCUUGUAUAGAUUUACAGGAAGUAGGAGUGAGCAUGGGGGCCUCCUUCCAAGGCGUGCUUGGAAUGAUGGGUAUUGGGUAUAAGAUUUAUUUCUUGUGUUUCAAAUUGUACAGUUCCAAAGAAUCAGAGCUUUUAUUGAGAGGAUGAUUGUAGUUUAGGUAUCUGGGAUUUGUGCAGUUACCGAGUUUGGAGAGAGAGAGAUUGAUUGACUUCUAAUUUUGGAAAUCUUUCAUUCGUUAACAAAUUAAAAGUUGGAGAUACAAGUUGAACACUCCCUGUAUCAUAUAUGUUAUAAUAUAUUUUUGUGGUUCAAUCUUCUAUUGAAUCUUUUGCCAUUUA